AUGCCACCAAAGUUCGACCCAACUGAGAUUAAGAUUGGUGAGUUUGUUCAUUUUCUAGAUAAUUUCAAUAAGUUUUGAAAGGAAUUUCUCUUGGUUUUUGAAUUUUUGCGGAAUAAUGAUGAAAUUUCGCAAUAUUUCGAAAAUAAAUUUUUUUAGGCCAAUUUUUUCCGUUUUUUAAAGUAAAAAAUUAUUAGCAGUUGCGGAUAAAUUUAUGCAGACAUUCUAUAGUGUAAUCUUAAUUUUUAAAAUAAUGAUGCAAUUUUCAAAAUGAAUUUUUUUCAGUCUACCUCCGUUGUGUUGGAGGAGAAAUCGGAGCCACCUCAGCUCUUGCCCCAAAGGUCGGUCCACUUGGUUUGUCACCAAAGAAGAUCGGAGAAGACAUCGCCAAGGCCACCCAAGACUGGAAGGGUCUUAAGGUCACCUGCAAGUUGACCAUCCAAAAUCGUGUUGCCAAGAUCGACGUCGUCCCAUCUGCUGCUUCACUCAUCGUCAAGGAGCUCAAGGAGCCACCACGUGACCGCAAGAAGGUCAAGAACGGUACGGAUUUUAUCCGUUGGGUCGGGAGUCGAUAUGCUCUCAUCCCCUGGUCUCUUAUUUCUUGAAUUAGUAGUAAUACUUUCCAUGAUUUAAAGACUGGUAACCCUCCUUAAGUGAUCUUGAGGCGUGAGUUUAAUUUUUCAACAUGUAAAUCAGGGUUAUCGGUGUUGUUGUCCUUAGUACCUCUUAACGAACCGUUUAGGUUUAUUCCGAAUUUUUAACCACCACCACGCAUCUUCGUAUUUUAGUUAAGCACAAUGGUGACCUCACCAUCGACACAAUCAUCAAGAUCGCCAGAAUCAUGAGACCAAGAUCGAUGGCCAAGAAACUCGAAGGAACCGUCAAGGAAAUUCUCGGUAAGCUUAAACUCCCACCAGCACCUCGUAAUAUAAACCUAAUUUUUAUUUCUUUUUCAGGAACCGCCCAAUCGGUCGGAUGCACCAUCGAUGGACAACACCCACACGACAUCAUCGACUCUAUCGCCAGCGGAGAAGUCGAGAUCCCAGCCCAAUGA